AUGAACUGCUCAGGAGGUGAGAGAUCAACAGGCGGGACAAAGGGCAGCCUGCGCCAAGCUCAUCACUUAGACCCGCCGUUCUCGAAAGAUAACACCAUCCAUCUUCCCUACUCGUCGAUUUCCUUUGAUUCUCUUCUCCCACCCAUCUUUCGACACGAUGAUCGACUAUGCGAUCCAAGGAGAGAUGUUCAGACGUUCCUCCAUAGCGAUUUGCGAACGCCGAAGUUGAAUAAGAUCCACCGGUAUCUCUGGCUGGCUGGACUGCCGCGGCCAGCGCGUUCGCUUCACCGGCAAAGACUGCUGGGACGUGUCAUAUACAUCACCGAAAUCCCCGACGAACACCUAUUAUGGCACGAAACAUCGGUAUUCAUAAAGCCAUUACCCGAAUAUCUUCUCAGCUAUGAAAUCUGGAAAGAUAAGAUUUGCCAAAGUGAAGAACUGCACCGAAGCGCUUGCGGACUGUUACUGUCCUACGCCUGGCUCGUUAGCUCCAGGAUUGACUUCAAUAUUGCUUGCGAAAUAGGCCUGAUUCCCCCUGAGGUCAAAUGGGAUUCUUGGGCAGUAUUUAUUCGGGAUAUCGUCAACUGCUUCGACGUCGACAGUCGGUAUGAGUAUGGUGAGUUGCGUCUAUCUCGACUCAACUCGCUCUACCGUCUCGGUAUCGCUGGCUUCUCAUUACGAAACCUUGUGUACGGCUAUAUGUCAGGCUCGCAAAGGUACACCACCUUCUUCCAGCGUAAUUUCGGCUGGAUAUUGGCUGUGUUUGUCUAUGUCACAGUUGUCCUCUCCGCAUUGCAAGUUUCACUGGCCACAGAGAGGUUCGGACGUGAUUCUCGCUUCCAAGGCUUCUCCAGCGGGGUGGCUUUGGUGGCGUUGGGAUUUGUUUUAACGGCAGUCGGAGCUGCCCUAGCUGUGUGGUUGGCUCUCUUUGGAUUCCAUCUUGUUUCGACUAUUCAAUACUGCAAGAAGGUAGAUUCUCAAAAGCAGCAUACCGUGUAA